AUGCCCUCGGAGCUGACUGAGGUGCUGGAUCAGGCUGUGCAGAUGAAGACUCCCUCCUCUCCGGUCACCUGCCACACUACAGGUUUCUACCCCAACAGAGCCGACUUGUUCUGGAGGAAAGAUGGAGAGGAGCUUCAUGAGGACGUGGACAAAGGAGAGAUCCUCCCCAACCAUGAUGGAACCUUCCAGAUGAGUGUUGACCUGAACAUCUCAUCAAUCACUCCUGAAGACUGGAUGAAGUACGACUGUGUGUUUCAGCUGUCUGAUGUCAAAGACGACAUCAUCACCAAACUGGACAAAUCAGUGAUCAGGACUAACUGGGUUCCUCCAUCAGGGUUUCCUGCUGGUGCUGUCAUUGGAGUAGUUGUAGGUCUACUGUUGCUGCUGCUGCUGCUCUGCAUCACUGGACUCUUCAUGUGGACAAAGAAGACUAACGGGUUCAGAGCUGCUAACACCUCAGAUUCUACAGACAGUAAUUCAGAUCCUAACCGAUCACAACUCUCAGACAAGGCUGGAGGAGAAGAGUAAACUCCAGUGAAAUUGGGAUUCCCUCAAAACCUUUAUCUUACAGCGUAUUUGAUUCUGUUUGCAAUUAUUAAGCCUCUACAACUAACCCAAAUUGGAAACAAAACAUGUGGACACUUUAAAUGUUUAGUGUCUUAUCCAUCAUGGAGAACUAUAAGACGUAUCUGAUUGGUUCUAAGUUCUCCAGCAGAACAAAGAGUAAAGAACGAUCUUCAAUAAACAGAUGUCUUGAACAAGAACCAGCAAGAAGAACAAGGAACCUGCAUCAGAUGAUGGAGCCUCUACAGAAUCACAGUCAACAGAGACUGAAACAUGAGAACAGAAAUAAGAACAGAGCCGCAAAUCUAUAUUAUUGAUAAGGUGUUGAUUAUUAGUAAAUUGAAACAGUUAAUCUACAAACAACUUUUCUUGUUCAAACAUCUGAUCUCAACAACUCACUCUAAAUGUUAAUAACUCAUAGUUUUACUCACAAUGUAACUAUGGAACAGAAACAACAUAUAGCUGUCACUUUAUGGUCAUAAUUCUACACAGAGGAACACUAUAGCCACAGAUAGAAGAGCAACUUUAUAUGAUUACUGUCACAGUUUGAACACAUUCUGCAUUUCUGUAAUAGACUGCUUCUUCUGCUCAAGGAUAAAUAUCCAUGAAAGAUGUGUUAGCCAAAGGUCCUAUGUGUCUGCUGUAUGUGGGACGUCUCUCCACAAACCCUGUGUAGCUCUGUGUUGUGUUUCUUGGUGUAUUUAGGUGCAGGUUGUCAUGCAGAGAGAAGAGGAUCAGACAGCAGGGCUCGUAGUUGUGAUGGUUUGAAUUGUUGCCUGU